AUGGACUCCUCUUCUGCAACUUCCUUUGCAUCCACUGCGAGUCCCUAUUUUGACUCGCUUCAUCGCCGCCGCCAAACCAAGAAAAUGAGCAUCACCCAAACAUACUACCUCGCCCACACUGCCCGGAAGAAGCUCACUCGUGAAGCUUCCCGGGCCGAUCACGAUCUACGUCUCCUCGUCGGCCACGCCAAUCUCCUGGACUCCCUUAUGUUCGAUCUUGCCGAUGCCGAACGCGAGCAAGAACGCUGGUUCAACCAAACCGUCAGCGGUGCCACCAAGACCUCUCCCUCCCGCCAACACAUCCAAUGGGCCUCGACCGUCGUCGAAGAGCCUGAAGAGUGGGAGGAGGAUGCCUCCGACCUGGACUCGGAUCUCAGCGACAGUGAUUCCGACUCCGACUUUGACGAAUCUGAAUUCGUCAUCAACACACCCCGUCGUCGCGCUCCCUCUCCCGUGGCUCCUUUCCACGAUGACCUUCUCGAGGAAGACGAAGGCGAGGAUACCGAUUCGGACUUUGAAUACGACGAUGCAGAGGACCUGGAUGACUUGAGCUUAACUCGCUCGCCAUCCCGCCAAUCACCACCCGAACUCCUUGCUGAUUCGGAUGGUGAAUCUGAGGACGAGGCGACGCCCCCGUCGCCCCCUCAACCGACCCUUGAGGCCUUUGAUGGGAAGGAGGCUGCCUCUGCUAUUGCAUUGGCGGGCUCUGACCCAUCCGAACUUUUCGAGCAAGGGUAUUUCGGUGCACGAGAGCAGAUCAUUGAGGCCUACUAG